AUGGUGCUUAUUCAGUUAUUUCAAGGCUUAAAUGGCCAACAGAAUGGGAAUCACGUUGUGAUACAAGAUUGUUCUGAUCCUUAUACUUAUCCACUGCCGUAUACCAAUAGCUGUGAAUUCGUUCUUGCACGUUGUGGCUCGGUUCCUGCUCUUUUUAAUUAUUUGCAAUUCGUGUUUUGUGAUAUGGAACAUCAACAGGCCGAUAACUACUUUGUUCCUCCUUUGAACUUCCUGUCAGAAAAACUGAAAUUAUCUCCAAGCAUAGCGGGAAUAACUUUGUUAGCUAUUGGAAAUGGCGCUCCUGAUGUAUUUACUGCAUAUGCAGCAAUAAGAAAAGCGCACGAUUUUCCUCUGGAAUUAGGAGCUUUACUUGGGGCUUCAAUAUUUAUAUCAACAGUCGUACUUGGAGCUGUGAUUAUGGUAUCGCGUGUGGAAAGAAGUACUAUAAAUCCCGUAGAUUUUUUUCGCGAUGUCAUUGCUUAUAUGAUCGUAGUAUUGGCUGUUAUUAUUGCGUGUCUGGACGGUGCGAUUUAUAUAUACGAAUCUGUUAUAAUUCUACUACUCUACAUUUUAUAUAUAAUAGUAGUUGUGAUAAUUUCGAAGAAAAAGAUUGCUUGUAGAGCAGAACCCGGUUUAAACGAACGCUCUCCAUUAUUGCAAUCAGGUCCAGAUAGCUACAGCGAGGAUGAUGAUAUUGUAUAUUUAGACGAUAAUCUUACUACGAAUUUACCCGGACUAUCAUGGCCAAGCAAAUCGCACUUCCUCGUUAAAAUUCAAUGGCUAUUCGAAUGGCCAUUUUCUUUAUUAAGAUGGAUGUCAAUUCCCGUAGCUGAUGGUAAAUGGGACCCUUGGAGACGUUUCUUUGUAAUCAUUUCACCUGCACCAAUGGCAUAUGUUAUAUUAUUAGCUGCAAAAGGUUUUGAAGGAUUUACCCUACCUGUAGGGCAUCUACCUCUAUGGAUAUUUAUACUCAUAUUGGGUGCUGGAGCUUCUGUCAUUCUAUGGAUUACCACUUCAUCUCGUCAUCCGCCACCAAGCUGGUUCCAGUUUGUUCUGAUGUUACUUGCCUUUGCGAUGUCCAUUGUCUGGUUGCAAUUACUUCCGAAUGAAGUUGUGGCUGUAACCGAAUCGUUAGGAUACACUUUUAACAUAAAAACAGUGAUUUUGGGAUUUACAGUACUAGCAAUUGGUAAUUCCUUGGGUGAUUUAGUAGCGGAUACAGCAGUUGCAAGAGCUGGAAAGCCUGCUACUGGCGUUGCUUCUUGUUUCGGUUCACCGCUAUUAAAUGACGUUCUAGGUCUUGGUAUUUCAUUAACGGCUUACUGCAUCCAGAACUAUCCUCAUCCGUUAGUAUUUGAUAUAAAUUCGGAGGAUUUUGUAAAGGUCAAGUUAUCAUGGAUUUUUCUUGGAAUAAGCUUAUGUGGGAGUGCAGUAGUAUUUCCAUUCUUUAAAUAUUCACCUCCAAAAGUAACCAAUUAUAAUUUGUAA